UAUCAACCACCACACACUACUCAUAUUUCGUUCUUGGAUAAUAUUGUAGUUUUUUCCUUCUUCAUGUAAUGACAUCAAUCAACCUUAUUAGUAAUUGUACCAUGAAACCAUCCUCUAGAAUUCUCGGACUUGGUCGAAAGAAUUCAUCUUUUUUCUCAAGAUGUUAUCAUUCUGUUACAAUGUCAACAUCAUUCUGUAAUAAUCCUCUUUUUCUCAAUCUUGAUCGCAAAACCAAGCAAUACCCUUCUCGCAUUUUUGAAUUUAAACGUGUAAUGAAUGGUUUUCAACAAGUUUUGCGGUUACCCUCUUGGAAUUUAGGCCAUUCAAGAACAUUUCUUAAUUUAAAAGCAACAAAAACAGAAUGUGUAUCGUCUAUUGGUGGAGUAUCUUUCAAGGCACGUGAAUUCUCAAACUCUGUUGAAACCAAACGUGGUUUAAGAGUUGGUAAAGAUGAUAACAAGGGUGGAGGAGACGAGGAAGAUUUGAAGGAAAAGAAUUCGAAGAAUGGAUCCAUUGCAAAGAAAAAAUUUGAUGACGAAGAAACAGAAGUGGAGAAAGAAGCAUGGAAAUUGUUGCAGAAAGCACUUGUUACUUAUUGUGAUACACCUGUGGGAACCGUUGCAGCAAAUGAUGAUUCGGGAUCGCCAUUGAAUUAUGAUCAAGUUUUUAUUCGAGAUUUUAUCCCUUCUGCUCUUGCUUUCUUGCUCAAGGGUGAACAUGAGAUUGUCAAGAAUUUCCUCCUUCACACCUUGCAACUUCAGAGUUGGGAGAAAACGGUGGAUUGCUAUAGCCCGGGACAAGGUUUGAUGCCUGCAAGUUUCAAAGUUAAAACUAUGGAAUUUGAUGACAAAAAGACAGGAGAAGUUUUAGAUCCUGAUUUUGGAGAAUCGGCUAUUGGUCGUGUUGCUCCUGUUGAUUCAGGAUUGUGGUGGAUCAUUCUGCUUAGGGCUUAUGGGAAACUCACUGGUGACUAUACCUUGCAAGAAAAGUUAGAAGUUCAAACGGGCUUACAAAUGAUCAUUAACUUAUGUUUAUCAGAUGGAUUUGAUAUGUUUCCUUCUCUGUUAGUAACUGAUGGAUCUUGCAUGAUAGACAGAAGGAUGGGUAUACAUGGUCACCCUCUUGAGAUUCAAGCAUUAUUUUACUCGGCUCUUCGGUCAGCGCGCGAAAUGGUUGUUUUGAAUGAUGAAUCUAAGAAUCUAGUUGGAGAAAUUAACAAUAGACUAAGUGCACUUUCUUUCCAUAUUAGAGAAUAUUAUUGGUUGGAUAUGAGACAGGUGAAUGAGAUUUAUAGGUAUAAAACAGAAGAAUACUCUUUAGAUGCAACUAACAAGUUCAACAUUUAUCCUGAACAAAUUCCAAUGUGGUUAAUGGAUUGGAUUCCUGAGGAAGGUGGUUAUUUGAUAGGAAAUCUACAACCAGCUCACAUGGAUUUCAGGUUUUUCAUGCUUGGAAAUCUUUGGUCAAUUGUUUCAUCUUUAGGUACACCAAAACAAAACAAGUCUGUUUUGAAUCUCAUAGAAUCAAAAUGGGAUGAUCUUGUUGGUGACAUGCCUCUUAAGAUAUGUUAUCCUGCCUUGGAGGCUGAAGAAUGGCGCUUAAUUACCGGCAGCGACCCUAAGAAUACCCCGUGGUCAUAUCAUAAUGGCGGAUCUUGGCCUACCCUUCUCUGGCAGUUCACGCUAGCAUGCAUCAAAAUGGGGAGAACUAAUCUAGCUGAGAAGGCUGUUGAUUUGGCUGAGAAAAGGCUUCCAAUUGAUUCUUGGCCAGAAUAUUAUGACACAAAAACAGGAAGAUUUAUCGGAAAACAAGCGCGACUUUUUCAAACAUGGACAUUGGCUGGAUUCCUUGCAUCUAAGAUGCUUUUGAAGAAUCCUGAAAUAGCAACCUUGCUAUGCUGGGAUGAAGAUCUUGAUAUUCUUGAAACAUGUGUUUGUACACUUAAUAAGAGUGGCAGAACAAAAUGUUCUCGUGAUGUCGCGAAGUCACACAUUUUAGUGUGAAGAUAUCUAAGAGAGGGUCUCUCUAUAUUUUACAGUCUAACUAGUUUAGUGUGUAUAUAUAGUAUAUCAUGUAUAUUAUGUAUAUGAUAAGUUUGAUAGGAUUGGGAAGAAAUAUAUAUCUUCCACAUUGUUGUGACUAUUGAUGACUGAAUUU